AUGGGCUGCCUGUCGGUUGCCGCAUCUUGCAUUGCUGUUAUCCAAGCAGUCGAUCAGACCUACAAAGUUAUAUCACAGUUUGUGAGAGAUUGCAAAGAAGCAAAAAGCGAUUUGGCUUCCGUGAGCCAAGAGCUUACCACCUUGACAAGAACUCUCACGCAGCUGAAGGAUCUCGUGCCCGAUGGCAGCAACUUCGCCGACAGCGACUUGACCAAUAACACCAAGAGAGACAUUCGUGAGAUUAUUUCAAGCUGUUUGACCGUUGCGAAUGAUGUAAACGAUGUGUUGUCAAGCUAUGAAGGAAAGCUGACAGCAUUGAGUUGGGCCACUAAGGGCAAGCGAAAAGUCGCGACGUCCAAAAUGCUUUUGGAAACAAACCGGCGGGCCCUUAGUCUCGCUGUUGAUACAAUCGCACUAGCAACGGCUCAGCAUAUCAAGCAGGACACGUCCAACAUUCUGGACGACACAACACAAAUGAGAGGCGAUAUUCAUCACCUGGUCGCAAAAAUUAGAAAUCUCGAAGAAAUGGUGGCAGAAAAAGACCCAAACGAUCCACGGACAUAUAUGUUAAUGCGAUAA